CGCAGAUUAUAUAUCAAUUGACAAGUGUCCUCUCUCUCCAAGACGCAACUCUUUGGUUUUUGCCUUCUUUCCGUCUUCUUUUUUCUCUUUUUCUUGCCUUUUUUCUCUCUCUCACACAACACAAAAACCUUUUUUUCCCUUCUUGUUACUGCCCUCUUCAUUCAUUUUCUUUCUUUUUUUGCCGUCCCCCCCCCAUCCAUCAUCAUCAUCAUCAUCAUCAUCAUCAUCAGACAUUUAUAGCAGCACUGACCAUGAAGAUCAUUCCUAUUGGCGUACUCGAAGACAACUACUCGUACAUUUUGAUUGAUGACAAGACAAAGGAGGCGGCCGUCAUUGAUCCUGUAGAGCCUAUCAAGAUUCUAAACGUAAUCAGCCAAACUGGGGCGAAACUUUCAAGUGUUUUUAUCACGCAUCAUCACUGGGAUCACGCAGGCGGCAACAUUGAAUUAGUUGCAAAGAAGCCCGGCCUUGCAGUCUAUGGUGCCGACGCUCGUAUUCCGGAAAUCAAUUACGUCUGCAAGGACCAUGAGGAAUUCAAACUGGGGUCGUUGGAGAUCACUCCUCUGCAUACGCCGUGCCACACAAAGGGCCACGUGUGCUACUAUGUUGUCGAUCCUGCAACGAACGAAAAGGCUGUCUUUACUGGCGACACUCUCUUUAUUGCCGGAAUAGGAAAGUUCUUCGAAGGCGACGCACGUGAUAUGUACCGGAUCUUGUUCCAUGUCAUCAAUAAGCUGCCAGACGAUACCUGGGUGUAUUGCGGCCACGAGUAUACCAGAAACAACUUGAAGUUUGCAUUGACAGUAGAGCCGCAAAACGAGGCAUUGAUGGCUAAAUGGGCAUGGUGCCAGGACAAGACAAUCACAGUGCCGUCUACAAUUGCGCAAGAGAAAAUGUACAAUCCCUUCUUACGGGUGAAUGAGCAGUCGCUUCAAUUAUUUGCUGGAAAGAGCGAUCCUGUCGAAACGCUGGCCACGUUACGGGAACUCAAAGACUCAUUUCGAUAGAACUUAAACUCUUGCAUGAUUUCUUCUCUCAAAACGAAAAAGAACAAACCAAAAGCAUUCCUACCUAACUCUACCCACUCUCCCCUCUAGCAGCAACCUCAAUCUAACCCCCCUUAACCUCGAAUCAGCAGCAGCCACUUUUUUUCUUUUUUGCUCCUUCCUCCUUCCUCCUCCAUGACUCGUCCAUUUCUCUCCCUGUGUGUAUUUCUCUCCCUCUACUUUUUUAUUUUGCCACCCCUCUACAUAUAGUUAUAUAUACAUCUAUUAAAAAGAUUUCCAAGCCUAGGCUUUUUUUUUUAGCGAGCUUUAUCAUUGCUCGUCGUCAUCAUCAUCA